GCACACUGUACUGGCACAGGGUCUCACUGUACUCGCGAUGCCAAUGCCGCUGUCUCUGCGCGUCGUGGCCGAGUGCCGCUGGAGCGGCGCCCGCGCCGCCACGCUCGUGGCCCCCCACGGCCCCGUGGCGCUGCCCGUGUUCAUGCCGGUGGGCACGCAGGGCACCCUCAAGGGGCUCACCGCGCGACAGCUGCGUCGUCUCGGCUGCGGCAUCUGCCUGGGCAACACCUACCACCUGGCCAUGCGGCCCGGGCCGGAGCUGAUCGAGAAGGCCAAGGGCUUGCACGGCUUCAUGGACUGGGAGCGCUGCCUGCUCACCGACAGCGGCGGCUUUCAGAUGGUGUCUCUGGUGGAGCUGGCGGAGGUGACGGAGGAGGGGGUCCGCUUCUCAUCUCCAUAUGAUGGCCGCCACAUCCUCCUGACGCCCGAGGCCUCCAUUCACAUUCAGAAUUCCCUGGGCUCUGACAUUAUGAUGCAGCUGGAUGAUGUGGUGAGCAGCACGGUGACCGGGCCACGUGUGGAGGAAGCCAUGUGGAGGUCCGUGCGCUGGUUGGAUCGCUGCAUUGCAGCAAACAAGAACCCAGACUCCCAGAACCUGUUUGCGAUCAUCCAGGGCGGACUUGACCCCGACCUACGGCUCAAGUGUCUGCAGGGUACGCGGCGCACGCCAGGCCACUGAGGGUCUGGAGCUCGCUUCGUGAAGUCCGCCCGCACGGUCACUGAGUACCAGUGGCACCCUGGCUACCCUCUAAACAAGAGAUUGAAUGCACUCGUGGUCGCCCUCCGGGAUGAAGAUGGAACCACAUCAUGAUAGAUAGACACUUAUAAUGAGUACAGACACA